AUGUCUAUCCCUUCAAACAGUGAGAAUGGCACUUCGGUGGACGAAACCACUGGGCCCAUGGCUCAGCUAGCUCGAAGAUUCUCUCUCACACGCACUUACUCGGCUUUAUCGGCCAACAUCAACCCUUUCCUUGCCAAAGAUGCCCGAUUGGAUCCCAAGUCGCCUGACUUCUCUCCCGAGUAUUGGGUUAAGUCUAUGCUUCACGCCUUUUCUCAGGAUGUAGAGAAGUAUCCCCGUCACACUGCUGGUGUUUCUUGGCGAGGGCUGAGUGUUCAUGGGUUUGGUGACCCAACGGACUAUCAGAAAGACGUACUCAACGUUGCCUGGAGAGGUCCUCUCGGUGCGUUCGAUUGGUUUGCUAAUCGGAAGCAGAAGAUAAACAUCAUCAAUGAUUUUGAUGGGCUGGUCGAAAGUGGGGAGCUACUGCUUGUGUUGGGCCGUCCAGGAAGUGGUGUUUCGACUCUACUCAAAACUAUCGCAGGGCAUACCCAUGGCUUGCAUAUGGACAAGUCUUCUGAAUUCAACUACCAGGGAAUCCCUUUCGAUCUCAUGCACAAGAACUUUCGGGGAGAGGUCAUCUACCAAGCCGAGACAGACAUACACUUCCCUCAACUGACAGUAGGCGAUACGCUGUUAUUCGCCGCAUUAGCCCGUACGCCUCAAGAGCGAGUUGCCAACAUAUCGCGCAAAGUCUACGCCGAGCAUCUCCGAGAUGCUGUCAUGGCCAUGUUCGGUAUCCUCAACACUAUCGACACGAGGGUAGGAGAUGACUAUGUCAGAGGUGUCAGUGGAGGUGAGAGAAAGCGAGUCAGCAUCGCAGAAGCCACUCUCGUUCAGAGUACUACGCAAUGUUGGGAUAACAGCACUCGAGGUUUAGACAGUGCUACCGCUCUCGAGUUCGUCAAGAAGCUUCGACUUGGCACUGAGCUUGGUGGUGCUAGUGCAAUUGUUGCCCUCUAUCAAGCUAGUCAAGCCGCUUAUGAUGAAUUUGACAAAGUCCUUUUACUGUACGAGGGUCGACAGAUCUACUUUGGUCCAACAAGCUACGCGACUAGAUACUUUACCGACAUGGGCUUCGAAUGUCCUCCACGACAGACAACCGCCGACUUCUUGACAUCGUUGACAAACCCAGUCGAACGCAUCAUACGCCCUGGCUAUGAACAUCUUGUUCCUCGCGGCCCUGACGACUUUGCCGAUCAGUGGAGGAUGAGUCAACAACGAGAGGCGCUACUCCAAGACAUAGCAGCUUUUCAGCUUAAAUAUCCUCUCGAUGGAAAGCGUGUGGAGAAUCUGAAAGAUAUUAGAAGAACACAGAAAGCUCGGUUCAUGUCCGACAACAGCCCUUUUACUAUUUCCGUGCCCAUGCAGAUCCGGUUGUGCAUUGGUAGAGGAGUCAAGAGACUUCUCGGUGACAAGACUUUCUUUAUAGCUACCAUCUUGGGAAACUUCUUCAUGUCUCUUGUUCUCGGAAGUGUCUACUUCGACUUACCCAGCAGUGCCGAAAGUAUGAAUAGUCGAUGUUCAGUUCUUUUCUUUGCCAUUUUGUUCAACGGCUUGAGCAGUGCUCUAGAGAUACUCGCACUUUACAGUCAGCGACCGAUUGUAGAGAAGCAUGCGAGAUACGCUUUAUAUCGACCAUUGUCCGAAGCAGUCUCUUCCGUCUUCUGCGAUCUGCCGUCCAAGAUUAUCUCAACCCUCGCGUUCAACAUUCCUCUUUACUUCAUGGCCAACCUCCGUCGCGAUGCCUCAUCUUUCUUUAUCUUUUUGCUCUUUGGUUUCACAACCACUCUCACCAUGUCUAUGAUCCUGCGAACCAUUGGCCAAUCUUCAAAGACGAUCCACCAAGCAUUAGUUCCUGCCACCAUUUUCAUCAUUGGUCUCGUCAUCUAUGCUGGGUUUGUUUUGCCGAUUCGAAACAUGAAAGGCUGGCUCAGAUGGAUCAACUAUGUCAAUCCAAUCGCCUAUUCUUACGAGUCCCUGGUCGCCAACGAGUUCUCGGGAAGGACAUUCCAUUGUCAGACGAUGAUACCGUCUGGUCCUGGGUACGAAGGUGUUGAGCCGACGCAGCAAGCGUGCUCUGUUACCGGCGCUGCUCCAGGGCAGGAUUUUGUUGAUGGUGACUUCUAUAUUGGAAAUGUCUACAAGUAUUAUGAUGCUCAUAUCUGGAGAAACUACGGUAUCCUAAUCGGCUUCAUCAUUUUCUUCACUUGCACGUACCUCGUUGCGGCAGAGUUCUUUUCAUCCAAUCCCUCCAAGGGUGAAGUUCUCGUCUUUCGCAAAGCUAGUAAGGGUCGUCGUACAGGAGUGGAUGAAGAGGCCGCAAAAUCUGAUAUCCCAACCCACCGAAGCGACAACCAUGAUAUUUUCGACGCGAAAACCGACAUGACUCCCAGCCCUGCCACUUUCUGCUGGAAGGAUCUCUGCUACGACAUCAAGGUUAAGGGACAGACACGACGUAUCCUCGACGGGGUAAAUGGUUGGGUACAGCCAGGAAAGAUCACUGCUCUAAUGGGAGCCACUGGAGCUGGCAAGACGACACUGCUCGACACACUGGCAGAUCGCAUUACCAUGGGCGUUAUCACUGGCGACAUACUUGUCAACGGACUUCCGCGGGGCAAGUCAUUCCAGAGAACUACCGGCUACGUACAGCAGCAGGAUAUCCAUCUUGAAACAUCAACAGUGAGAGAGGCGCUUCGAUUUAGUGCCGUUCUUAGGCAGCCCUCGUCGCUUUCGAAAGAGGAGAAAUAUCGGUAUGUGGAGGAGGUCAUCAGCUUGCUAGAAAUGGACCUGUACGCAAAUGCAGUUGUUGGAGUUCAUGGAAACGGUCUCAAUGUGGAGCAGAGAAAGCGGCUGUCGAUUGGUGUAGAGCUUGCCGCCAAACCAGACGUCCUCAUCUUUCUCGAUGAACCAACAUCUGGUCUUGACAGCCAGACAGCCUGGUCGAUAGUCACUCUCAUCAAGAAACUGGCGAAUCAUGGCCAGGCAAUUCUUUGUACCAUUCAUCAACCAUCUGCUCUCAUUUUUCAGCAAUUUGAUCGUCUCCUCUUACUUGCAAAGGGUGGAAAGACCGUCUAUUUUGGCGAUGUAGGUGAGAACGCUGCUGUCAUGACUCAGUAUUUUCAGAGCUUCGGUGCCACGCCAUGCCGAUCGGAUGAGAACCCAGCUGAAUGGAUGCUUCAUGUUAUUGGUGCUGCACCUGGCGCUCACACAGAUCGUGACUGGGCCGAUACUUGGAAAACCAGUCCACAGUAUGACUCUGUGCAAAAGGAAUUGGCCGUUUUGACGCACCCAAACCAAGUUGGUGAUUCCAACGAUCAUGAUACUCCUUACGCUGCACCGUUUAUGAAGCAGUUUUUGACUUGCACCAGGCGUGUCGCCGAACAAUAUUACCGAACACCCACUUACAUAUAUGCCAAGUUGCUACUUUGUUUGAUCACGAGUCUUUUCAUCGGCCUCUCAUUUCAGAACUCGCCUCUAUCACUACAAGGACUCCAGAACCAGUUGUUCUCAAUCUUUAUGCUACUCGUUAUUUUCGCGUUCCUCGUUUACCAGACCAUGCCCGGGUUUGUCGCUCAGAGAACACUUUAUGAAGGUCGAGAGAGAUCAUCAAAAACGUAUGCAUGGUACAACCUUGUAUUGGCCAAUACCGUUGUCGAAAUGAUGUGGAACUCUGUAGCGUCUCUGGCACUUUACUUGCCAUUCUAUUUCCUUGUCGGUAUGUAUAAGAAUGGACGCGCAACAGAUACUCAGGAUGAACGUGGUGCUUUGAUGUUUCUCCUCGUCUGGGCGGUUAUGGUGUAUGAAGGUACCUUUGCACAUAUGUGUGUCGCCGGAGCACCGACUGCCGAGGUUGGCGCGACACUUUCAUUGCUGCUUUUCAUGAUGACACUUGUUUUCGCUGGUGUUCUUGUUCCAUACUCGAAACUUCCCGGAUUCUGGACCUUUAUGUAUCGCCUUUCUCCCAUGACCUACAUUAUCGGUGCCAUUGUCUCAGAUGGCAUAGGAAAGCAACAAGUUCAAUGCUCCGACAUUGAGUUCCUGCAGUUCCAAGCACCAACGAAUCUCACUUGUGAGGAAUAUGCUGGGCCAUUUGUGGAAAUGGCCGGAGGCUCAUUACAAAACCCUGAAGCGAGCCAGACUUGUCUGUACUGUCCGAUUGCGUCGACGGACUCGUACCUCGCUACGCUCACCAUCAACUACGACGAAAGGUGGAGGAACUUUGGACUAAUCUGGGCUUUUAUUAUCUUUGACAUCGUGGCUGCUUUAACUGCUUAUUGGCUUAUCAGAGUCCCCAAGACAAACUUGAAGCUUAGAUUUUGGAGGAAGUAG